UGGAAUGUGCCUGAAGUACAGAGACCAGUCUGCAGCUCCUGAAAGGGGAGAGAGACACAGACAUCGUUUAUUACAAACAAAAGAGCCAAAGUAACAGGCUUGGAGAAAUGAAGUUAAAAGGAUUCGAUGCAGCUCCUGAGUAGAAGUCAAAGUCCACCGUGGUCUCACUAAAAUGACUUCGCCGCGGCCCCUCCCUGCAGACGACUUUGGCAUCUACUAUGUCCUUGCGGAGUGCACAGAUCACUACGAUACCUGCCCCGCCAACGAGGCCCACGAGAACCGGCCCCACUUCCAGGGAGUGACGGGCCUGCGGAACCUGGGCAACACGUGUUACAUGAACGCCAUCUUGCAGUCUCUCGGCAGCAUUUCGCCGCUGGCGGAGUACUUUCUCUCGGGAAAGUACAUUACUGCUCUGCAAAAGGAUUGCAGUGAGGUUGCCACUGCUUUUGCCUAUGUGAUGACAGACAUGUGGCUUGGAGACUCAGAAUGUGUCUCACCAGAAAUAUUUCGGUCAGCUCUUGGCAGCCUCUACCCAGCAUUUAUGAAAAAGACACAGCAAGAUGCUCAGGAAUUCUUGAUUUAUGUCCUGAAUGAACUUCAUGAAGCUCUGAAAAAGUAUCAUCGAAGGAGAUCGUACGGGAAAGAGUCUGUCCCAAGAUGCUGCAGGAAGGUGAUUGCCAACGAGACCUCCAUCAUCACACAACUGUUCGAAGGGCAGCUCAACUACAGCAUCAUGUGUUUGAAGUGUGAGAGCUGCACCUACAAGAACGAAGUCUUCACCGUCCUCUCUCUCCCCAUUCCAUCUGAAUACGAGUGCUAUCUUCAGGACUGUCUCCAGUGUUUUUUUCAACAAGACACACUGACCUGGAAUAAUCAAAUUCACUGUUCAUUCUGUGAAACCAAGCAAGAAACAGCUGUAAGGGCCAGUAUUUCCAAAGCACCAAAAAUAAUUAUCUUUCACUUAAAGAGAUUUGACAUUCUGGGUACAAUGAAAAGGAAACUGAGAACAGAUAUUCAUUACCCACUCACUAAUUUGGACCUUACUCCUUUCAUUUGUCCAGUUUUUCGGAAACACCCUAAAUAUAACCUCUGUGCAGUGGUGAACCACUUCGGUGACCUGGAUGGUGGCCACUACACUGCUUUCUGCAAGAACUCAGUGACCCAGGCCUGGUAUAGCUUUGAUGACACACGAGUCAGAGAGAUACCAGAUACUUCAGUUCAAACUGCUACAGCCUAUCUCCUGUUCUACAGCUGCCAGCCCUUUUCUAUACCUAUAAAAAAAUGCAAGAGCUAG